AUGAGCACAGGCACAGACAAGGCAGUUGGCGCUGUAGCGUUCUUUUCAGCGAUUGCUAUCUUUGUAUAUUAUACCUUGUGGUCUCUUGUCAUGCCAUUUGUCGAUGAGGACCAUCCUUUACAAAACUACUUUCCACCUUGGGAAUAUGCUAUCCGUAUACCAUUGGUGAUUCUCAUUGUGGGUUUGACGGUGAUCUUUAGCUUCCUAGGAUUAGCUAUGGCAAAGAGCAAGAAUGCACAGACGAAAAAGGCCAAAUAA